AUGAAAUAAACAGAGACAUCAUCACUAGAAACAACAAUAGAUGAGCCAAGGGCAGGUAAAAGAAAGAUUGAAAAUGCGUAUUUUUUAAUUUAAACUGAAAUGAAAUAUAAUCCAAAUCUAUAUGCACCAAUUGCAAUAUUGCUUGGAAUAUGCUUAUUAUUUAAUAGAAAGAAAAACGAGACUACAUAAGCCUAUGUAGGUUAUGCAUGCAUCAUUGGAGGAUUUAGUUGGUUUGCUUACUCUUCAAAAGCCCUGCUCCUCAUGAUGUAUCAAAAAUUUAUUUAAGAAGAAGUUAAUAUCCAGAUUCAAUAAUAAACUAAAUCAAUUUAGAAAAAUUAAUCAAAGAAAAAACAAUAGAAUAAGAACGAGAAUCUCGUUAAGACUCCACCAUAAUAAUAAACAACUUAAGAGCCUGAGAUGCCAUAAUAAUCGAAGGAGAAUGAAGUGCAGAAGGUAGUGGUCAAGAAAGGAAGCUAAAAGUUAGCAAAUUAAGAAAAGUAGACUAAGCCAAAGGAGGAGGUAGCAUAAAAUAAAGUCAAAAAUACAAAUAUUCCUUAAGCACAAUCAACCUAAGCAAAGAAAGAGAAUAAAUAAUAGAAGAUUAAAUAACCAUUAUUAGUGCAAUAAGAUAAUGAUGAUAAUGACGAUGAAUGGGUUGAAGUUGGCAACAAAAAGAAAUAGGUGAUUAGACCAUAAAAAAAGGAGGAGGAAGUACAAGUUUAAUAAUAAAAUCAACAACCUUAGAAGAAUCAAGUAAUUUAAUAGUAACCAAGUAAGCCAUCAGUCUAAACUAAUAAAUAAGAUCCUCCUAAGGUUGAGUCUACUGAAUCCAGUAAGAAUUAGAGUAGAAAAGAAAAGAAAUAGAAAUAGAAGGUUGAAGAACCAGUUGAAGAAGAUGAUGAUGAAUGGGAUACAGUUGAAAAGAAAUAACCAAAGAAAAAGGAUAGAGCUUAAGGUGAUGAGCAAACUGACUAUAACAAUUAAUAGAAUAGUAGAGGGUUGUUUACUAAGGACGAAUAUAGAAAAUUGAAGGAUUAUUAAAAACAAAUAGAGGAGGCAUACAAGCAGAGAAUACAAUAAAUAGAUGACAUCCAUCAUCUUAAAAAGAUCUCUAAGUUGACACAAUAUGAGAUUAAGAAUGCUGAUCAAGUCCUCAAUACUUAGAAUGUGGUCUCAAUUCCAGAAAUUGAUUUGAAAAUACCUGAUGUUUAACCAAAACAGUAUUCAAGAGAGGAAAUCGACAAAUUAGUGUAAGCUAAGAUGCCUAAGCCUAAAAAUGUUGUAUCGAAUGAUGUAUUCGUUGAGAAAUCAGAGCCAAUUCAAGUUUAACCAAAAAAAAGUUAAUAAGCUGAUCCCAUAGUCUUGAAGUCAAAAUUAACGCUGUUUAAACCAUUACAAUAGGAAUAGAAAUAGAAGGAAUAAUUAAUAUAUACAGAUCCCUCGAUCAGUUUUAUUGUUAAUAAGGAUAAAUAGAGACCAUUCUUCUCUGGUCAAAUAGAGUUACCUGCCAAUACAACCGGAAAGGAUUUGUUUGGGAGAGUCAAAAAAUAUAGAAGACCAACCUAGGUGAAGAAGUUGUCUGAGAUAAAGCAGUCUAAUUAAUAAUUUAUAGCAGAUGGCAACGAUAACUUUGAGCCUAUUCUUUAGGAUCUAGGGAAAGCAGUCUUGCCUGGAUACAAAACGCUGGAUGAAGAAGGCAGAAUAAAAUUGAUAAGGGAUUCAGUGCAAGUUCAAUAUAGACAAGACGCUGAGAACCUUUUGGAGGAGGAAACUGUGGAGUUAAUUUUAAGAGGAAGCAGAGAAAUCAUCCAUCAGGAAUACAUUUAACUUGUUAAUAAGUUCAGAGAGCUUAGGAGAAAGAGUUUGCAGGAAAGAAAAUACGAAGAAUACAUCAGUAUAAUCAAGGAGAUGGAUGAAGAGAUCUAUUAGUUAUCGACGAGGGGGACUCACAUUAUCAUGUAGUCUUUGAAUAUUAGUGAGGAGGAUUAUCAUAAGUCUUUCUUAUUUUACUCUUAGCAACCAGAAUUUGUUUCGCAGUUGGCAUUCUUUGAUUAGAAUCUGAAGGAGAUCCUGCCUGCUAAAUUUGCACUCAAUAAAAAAUAGGGAAUUGAAUUGAUUAGAUUUAAGAUUGAUGUAAUUGAGCAUCACGAAUCGAAUCAACAAUUCAAUUCUGUGAUGAAGAUAUUUCAUAGUUAGGAGGAUGGUGACAACAAGGAAAUCAUGGCGAUCCUCUUGAAUUCAUUGAUUGACGACAUUAUUUAUCAGAAGUAUGGGUAUGAGGAGGAGGACAAGAUUCGAUUUAUGAAGUAAUUUGAUAAGGAUUCGGAGAUCCAAGGACUGUAGAUGAGGUUGGAGCACUUGGUGGAGAAGGUGUAAGGAGCCUAGCAAGUUGAGUAUUGA